AUGUCUCUCACUGUCGAAGGAAAAAAUAUAAUUAAGCAGUCCUAUCGGACCAGCUACUCGAACCUUCAGAGGAGUCAAUUUAAUAAUGAGCCUGCCAGGAAGAAAUCACCAUUACAGGAUGGGAUGACAUUAGUGAGGGCUAUCUUUGGACUGACACAUCACGACUUAAUAGGGUCCCUAACCCUUCGGCGCCCAUCAGGGGCUUACUUCCACCACUAA